AGCAGAGGCUAUUGUCGAGGAGAAGACUCGCUGGAGGCUUCGUCGAGGUUUCGUCAGGGAGCAGAACAGAGGAAGCUUCGUGCGAGAGAGGAGGCUUUCACCUCAGUGCCUUAAGGCUUGCUCCUGCCUUACAAAGGAGGCUUAGAUGUUCUUCCUUAGCCUAAUUGAGCACACAUUUCGUUUGCCUCCUCAUCUUCUUAGCCUUCCUCUAGAAGAAGCAGUCAAGGGAGAGCUUGAGAGACUUUUCUUGGAUAAGGUCGUACAAGAUUUGGGGCUCUGCAUCUCUGUCUAUGAUAUCCAAAAAAUUAUUGGUGGUUUUAUUUAUCCGGGAGAAGGCGCUUCAACUUAUACGGUAAAGUUCAGAUUGAUGAUGUUUCGUCCAUUUGUUGGAGAGGUUAUUGCUGCAAAACUUAAAGAAUCUGAUGCUGAUGGUUUACAUUUGUCCCUUGGAUUUUUUGAUGACAUUCAUGUACCGGCCCAUCUGAUGCCAAAGCCAUCCCGGUUUGGGCCUUGCCCAGAAAAUGAGGGAAGCAAGUUAUGGAUGUGGGAGUAUGACGAGGGACAAACACUUUUUAUUGAUGGGGAAGAUGAGAUUAGGUUUCGAGUUCAGAGUGUAAAAUAUCCUCCAAUCCCAAUUGAGCAAAGUGAAGGAUCAAAGCCAUUUGCUCCUAUGGUUGUUACAGGAUCUAUUGCUGAGGAGGGUCUUGGUCCCAUUUCUUGGUGGUAAUGGAGCUUUUCAUAAAUUGUUUGGUACAUCAGAAAAGGACCAGAGUGUGAUACCAUUUCCUGGGUGGCUAUGGCACUAAUAAUAAAGCCGAACUUAGGGCCUUGACAGAGGGAAUGCGGAUGUGCAAAGAUAUGAGUUAUAUGAAUGUGAAGAUUGAAUGUGACUCUAAUGUAGUGGUCGAUUGGGUUCGUUCUCGGAGAUGCAUGGUAUGGUAUUUGUGGGAUUUUUGGGAAGAGUUUCUUGAGGCUUUUUCCAUGAUUAAUUUCACCAUUGAUCACCAAUUUAGAGAAGGAAAUAAAGUUGCGGACUUCUUGACACGUCAGGGAGAGGAAGACACCAGUAUGAGAUAUCUUGAGUUUGCUUCUUUAACUCGUCUAGUUAGAGACAUGAUACAUCUUGACAAAAUUGGUCUUCCUUAUUUAAGAGUCUAAUGUGUUGUUUUGUCUUUGUUUCGUUUUCAUUAAGUUCCGUAUUUAUCUGUUUGUAGCUUGCUUUCCUGGAACCACAACUUUCUUGUGUCAUAAGUGAGUUGUUUUUUAAUAAAGAAAGGAGGUGCUGUCCUCUUUUAUGAAAAAAGGAAAAAAAAAAAAAGGUCUCUUGUAUCUAUAUUUGACUCUGUUAGCUAUAAUGGUAAACUGCUUAGCAGCAUUGGUUCUGAGUUAAA